AUGGCUGCAGAUAAUAAUAAUACGAACUAUUCGUCUUCGGACGAAUGCGUUGUUCUAUCUGCAACUUCUCCCACUCGUACUUAUUCCACAGAGACCGAUGGUUCGAAACCAUCGACACCCAACCCACGAUUAUCAAAAACUGAAUUGGUUCAAAGAAAAUCUGAACGAGAUGCAAAGAAAGCAGAAGAAGAAGCAGUUAGAGCAGAGAAAAAACGUCUUAAAGACGAAUUGAAAGCGAAGAGGGCUGCAGAAAUUCAAUUGGAAAAAACACGAAAAGCCGAAGAACUUCAAUUAGAAAAACUUCGUAAAGCGGAAGAACGAGCUCGAAAAGCCGAAGAACUUCAAUUGGAAAAAGCUCGCAAAGCAGAAGAGCUUCUUUUAGAAAAAGCACGAAAAGCUGAAGAACUUCAAUUGGAAAAAGCUCGCAAAGCCGAGGAACUUCAAUUGGAAAAGGCGCGUAGAGCUGAAGAGAAAGCUCGAAAAGAAGCCGAGAUUGCAAGCAAAAAGGCUGAACAAAUUAAAAAAAAUGAACAAAAACAAGCAGCUGCACAAAAACAAGAAUUAUGUCAUAAACAAAUGGCGACGUAUAUGGAUAGGUUUUUUAAGCCUAUUGAAAAGCAGAAAGAAGGACAAACAUCAACAGGAAGUUUGAAUAGUAUCGUUCAACGAUGUACCAAUGAUUUUGACCAACUGGUUUCGAAACAGGAUGUGAGUUUCGUAUCGGACAUCAUUGAAAAUAUAAAAUCUAUGAAAAAACUCGACCUGGAAACAAAUUUACGUCCACGUCUGAACAGUGAUUCCAAUAGUAAUCAAGUCAUAAUAAUAUCAUCUUCAGCAACAACAACUGCAAAUAAUCCAUAUGUAUUAAAAACUCGAUAUAUUCAUUUUCCAGAAAAAUAUUUUAAUCGCCCACCCUAUUACGGAACAUUUAAAAAAGCUUUAAGUACGAAUGUGAAUCCAUUACAGCCUGAGGCAUCGAUUGAUAAUGUUGAUUAUGCAGUUGACUCCGAAGGCGAAUGGGAAGAACCCUGCAAAGAUGGUGAAGAACUACGAUCUGAUGCUGAUGAUUUAAGUGACGCUGAAAUAAUGGAUGACGACAGUGAUACUGAUUCAUUCAUUGUACCGCAUGGCCAUUUAUCAGACGACGAAUUAAAUGAAGAUGAACAACAACAAUCUACAUCGACAAAACAAGCUCGUGAAGCGGCUAAAACCCAUGUAUGGGACAAGAAAGUUGCACGUUUAAAUCAACAACGAGAAUUAAAACCUUUAUUCGGUUGUAUUCAUGAUCCAACAUUAGAUGAAAAAGUCAAAUUUGAAUUAUCGAAUUAUCUUCAUCAAUUUCAAAGAAUUCUCGUACCAAAAGAAAUCCUCCAGCGAGUAGAGCCGGAUGAUAAAGAACAAGAAGUAACUGAUGAAACAACGUCAAAAAAAGUAUCAAGAAAAAAAUCGUUAGUUUCUAAAAAAGUUCCACCUACAGAUCAACAGCAACAACCGGUGAUAAAUAAUCCUCUAGUUUUAACACCAACAGUUAAACGAGCUGGUUCAACAUCGAACAUCGUCGAAGGCGCAUCACCGUCAAAACGUCGCAAAAUGAACUCCAAUGAAAAUUGCUCCAUAACUGACGAUACAGAUGUGAUUAUGAUUGAUAUUGAAGCGAUGACUACAAGUAAAAUGAACGUAUUAGAAGAUGCAAGUAAUGUUUCGGACAUAAAAUCUUCGCCACUGACAAUUAUUUCCAACGAUGAAAUCAAAAUUGAUAGUACACCAAUAUGUACACUGCUCAUACCAAAACGGAAACAGCCACCGGCAUGA